GGGCGCUGCCAAUGCGGCAUGCCAGAUCUUUUGGGUUCUCCAGCACUGCUACUCCUGCCAACAGUGCGCCGUCGAUGAACAUCCCAAUGCCGUACAUCGAAGAGACAUCAGCAGCUGGCAGGAAAACAUGGGACAUCUUUUCCAAGCUUCUGCAGCAACGAAUAAUAUGUCUAAACGGCGAAAUCGACGACUACAUGUCAGCCUCCAUUGUCGCGCAGCUUCUCUGGCUUGAAUCAGACGCCCCGGAAAAGCCGAUUACGAUGUACAUCAAUUCACCAGGCGGCUCCGUCACAUCAGGCAUGGCGAUAUACGAUACGAUGUCUUAUAUCAAGUCUCCCGUCGCAACGGUGUGUGUCGGAGGCGCGGCGUCCAUGGCAGCUAUCCUGCUUGCCGGUGGUGCGCCAGGCAAGCGCUGCGCGCUUCCACACAGCUCCAUAAUGAUUCACCAGCCAUUGGGUGGCACUAGAGGGCAGGCAUCGGAUAUUUUGAUUUACGCAAACCAGAUCCAAAAGAUACGAGAGCAGUCCAACCAAAUCAUGCAAUAUCAUCUGAACAAGGCAAAGGGAUUUGACAAGUAUAGCCUAGAAGAGAUUAACGAUCUGAUGGAGAGAGACAAGUAUCUAACCGUGACGGAAGCAUUGGAACUGGGAGUCAUUGACGAGAUCUUUUCAACGAGAAAAGAUCAAGAUAAGCCAAAGAAGGAGGAGGAGGAAGGGGAAGAGAAGAAAUACUAAUACCGCGAGGGUGAAUUGAUUUGCAUGUUUUUCUUACUGAGGUGAGCACAGCGGUGAUCUCGAGCAGAUAUUCAAGCACGUCUCUACCCUAUGUCCUAGUAAACGCCGAGUGCCUACUGGAACUAAUGCUCAGGCAUCGAUGAUGCUAUCCAGUUGAUAUGUGCAAACCAUCUUUGUAGAGAUGUUGCUGGAAAUCAUACCAGCUUAUGUCAUAAUUGCUAGUACGAUAUCAAUGGUCUGCCACGGUCAAUUGUUGCUGAAAUAGCAGUUGAAAUUU